AUGCAGAACGGGGAGGCUAUGAGCCCUCAGGACUCCAAGGCAGCAGUGGGAGAGCCAAUGGAGGAGCAGAAGGCCCAGAACCAGAGCCAUAAUCAGGGGAGUGCGGAGCCCACAGCCCCUCCACUUCCUCCGCCUUCACCACCACCACCAGGGACACCAGAAUACCCGAGACCUAGGCUGAUUUUCCACACCCAGCUGGCUCAUGGGAGUCCCACAGGCCGCAUCCACGGAUUCACCAACGUAAAAGAGCUCUACGCCAAGAUUGCUGAAGUGUUCCACAUCUCCCCUUCAGAGAUCCUUUUCUGCACCCUCAACUCCCAUAAAGUGGACAUGCAGAAACUACUGGGAGGCCAGAUCGGAUUGGAAGACUUCAUCUUUGCUCACGUCAGGGGGGAGACCAAGGAGGUGGAGGUGACAAAGACAGAAGACGCAUUGGGUCUCACUAUCACAGACAACGGAGCUGGAUAUGCAUUCAUCAAGAGGAUAAAGGAAGGCAGCACCAUAGACCAGCUGAAGACAGUCUGUGUUGGAGACCACAUCGAGGCCAUCAAUGACCAGAGCAUUGUAGGCUGUCGACACUACGAGGUGGCUAAGAUGCUAAAAGAGCAACCGAGAGGCAUACCCUUUACACUCCGCCUGGUGGGGCCCAAGAAGGCCUUUGACAUGAUUGGAAUGAGGACAAGAGCUCCAAAAUCGACUGAAGGCAAGAUGGUGAACGGGAGGGAGACGCUGCGUCUUCGCUCAAAGGGGUCUGCAACAGUUCAGGAAGUGCAGAAUGAGUUUGAAGAACGGGCCACCAAGAAAGUGGACGACCUGCUGGAGAGCUACAUGGGCAUCAGAGACCUGGAGCUGGCAACCACCAUCGUGGAAGCGGGCAGAGACAAGAAUAACCCCGACGAUUUUGCAGAGGCCUUGGACUCAGUUCUGGGAGAUUUUGCUUUCCCUGAUGUGUUUUUGUUUGAUGUAUGGGGAGCUAUCGGAGAUGUCAAGAAUGGCAAGAUGUAGACAUUUACCAUAUAUUCACAUGAUAGAGGGAGAGGCACAUGAGACCAUUACAACCCAAAUAUGUAUGCACAGGGUGUAUCCAACUGCGAAAAUCAUUUGUAGACUCUUUAAUUUUUAAUCACUUUCUUUGAAACCAAUUUAUUCAACCAUUUCCCCUUUGAACAGUACAAUUACUAUAAUUUGCCCAAAAGCAGAUCAUCACUAUUAAUGUUAGGUUUAGACAAAUCUUGCAGUAUUGUUUUUAAAUACAUUUGUAUAGAGUGACUCAAAUAUUGAAAUAACCUUGUAUGGUGUUGGAAUUUAGCUGAUGAUCUAGUUCAGAAAAUAAGUUGUAAAUUGUAGGUCUACAAAAAUACAAUCUUAUUCUAAUUCUGAUUAAAGACAAAAGUUAAAAA